AUGUCCGAAUCCGAUAAACCAACGCUUUAUAUUCUGUCGAUGGAUCUAAGCUUUCUUCUCGGCUGCGUCGUCAAUUUCUAUACGAUUUAUGCGAUCGUUUUCCUCUCGCCGAAAGCGAUGGCCACAUAUAAAUACCUUCUUUUGUGUUUCAAGGCGUCGACGUGGAUUUUCCUCAUCCCCGUGCACUAUUUCGUCUAUUUAGCCGUCAACUAUCUGAUCAUCGCGAAUCUCGGAUUGGUGCAUUUGGUCGAAUCGAAAGAAAUGCAACAGCAAAUCGUUCAGGAUUAUCCCGAAUACACGUAUCUAUUAAACGAUUCGGAUGUGUGGCGGCCGGAUUAUCAUCGGAAAAUCGUUUUCCCCUUCAACACCACGAUGGAAGUGCUCGAUGCGGCCAAUGUUUACACGACUUUCUUUGGAGUUGAACUCGGAAUCGGAGGCGCACUCGCGAUCGUCCAUUCGUUCUUUUUGCUUUCCGAACAUCGCCAUAUUCUUAGCGAGAAAACACGAAAGAGCCAAAAGAAACUUCUCGUUGCCUUGAUUAUUCAGACUUUUAUCCCAUUUGGUAUGGUCGGAAUCCCGAUAAUACUCAUCACGAUUUUGGCCAAUUUAAAGAUUCCAGUGCCGCAAGCCUUGAUCAACUUCGGCUCUUUUACGCUCACAAUCCACGGGAUUCUCGGCUCCGUGAUGAUAUUGGCCUUUGCCGAGCCAUAUCGAGAGCCAAUUGCCCGUCUCAUUGCCAUUCCUGCGUCGACAGGGACUCGUGAAGUCUCAACUCGAAGAAUGACAAUCUCGCACAUUAAUCUCCAGGUGGAACCGGCGAACAGGCAAUCAAUAAAUGAU